CCCUUAUAUGAACUGUAACUUAUUAAAACCUUUGAAAUUGUUGCAUGAUGCUUAUAUUUUUUUGUUUUCGACAGUGUGCUCUCUGAAUUGACCUAUGGCCCAGAGCACACUCUGAUCCACUGGAGGCAAUUUACGAACGCACCCAUAAUUUCGGCCACGCCGCCAUUAAACCUCAAAGAAGAAUAAAAUGAAGUGACACCCUGUCAGAUUACGUUCUCAAAUAAAACGUUUUGGUCCAGCCUCAUCAGUCACUAUAAUGCCGCUGCAGCAGAGUCCUGUGUGGCUUCCCAUCGACCUCAAUGUCACCAAAAGAUGUAUAAUGUACAAACUGCUCGUCUUGGAGGACGCCAGGAAUACACUGGACAAACAACUACGACGUUUAACCGAAAAGGCCAACGUUGAAGUCCGAAGCUUCCUGAGCGCGCCUCAUCCUAUCAAUGUGCUGGACAACCUCGUCAGGUCUCUGGAUGCUAAAUGUUAUGCCAUCGAGAAACUUUCAACUGCACUCAAAAACCUGACGACCGAUCCACAAUUCAGUGCCCCAGCUUCCACCAGACCGCUAAACAGCCUGUUGCAGCCAGCGCUAUCCAGAGACCGAGGCAUCAUGACAUCGUCAGACGUGCUGAAGUUUGGUCCCAUGCUGCAGAACGUCCUCAUGGCCGGCUCCAUCACCAAGGCAGUACAGAUGCUGGGAGCCUUGCCUGCCCUACAGCAACUCAAACUCUUCUGCUCCUCUUCCUCCUCUCAAGAUGAAGACUUCCAGAAGGAUCAGGUCUUUAUAUGCAGCAUCUCCUCCUCCAGCAAAGUGGCAAAGCUCCCAACCCCCAGCUCCUCAACCCCCAGCUCCUCAACCCCCAGCUCCUCAACCCCCAGCUCCUCAACCAGCAUAGCCAGUCUGAAUCUGACCAAAGACAAUGGGAUCUUUAUCUCCAAGGAGAAGACACCGCAGCAGCCAAAUACAACGACGGUUACAACCAAUCAAAUCAAAGAGAGCAGUCAAAUCAAACAAACACCCGGAGCAACAGAUCUAGACCUACCUGUCCCAGGUGAGCUCCUCUCAGGGUUCAGUAACCCAGCCUACCAGAUGACAGCCCUGGCUCCUCCCCCUCUAGAUUCAGGAAGUGACACCAGAGUGCAGCACCAGAAGCAAACUUCCUCUCAGCUCAUGCAAUUCCUGCGAACCAAUUGCAGGAACGAGCCGUUCAUGGAGUUGGCCGCUUUCUUCCAGCACACCAGCUACUACCAGUACACCUCUGAUUCCACCGCCCCGGCAAUGACCUCUGACCCCCUCCCGGAAACAAAGCAUGCCCAGGAAACCCAGAAUGUUCUAGAAACUAAGAACCACAACGUCAGCGUCCCAAAGAAGGAGCUGUUCUCAGAGCUGCCAGAUAACCAGCUGAACCAAUAUGCCCCGGUGUUCACAGUAAAGCGUGUGGAGUCCGGAGGCUCUCUGAUCUUCAGCUGUAUCAUUGCCACCAAGACGGAGCUCUGGGACGUAGGAGACGUCUUUACCGAGGCGUCAAGGAGCGAUCCUUCCUCUGACGUCGUCACCACCUCGGAGAACAAGAUGUCUGCCGCUAGUCUCCAGUGUCGCAGUGUAGAGAUCUCUAAUACGACCCUCCAACCCCCAGCUCCAUCCAUCCACAGCCUACAGAUCAAAGAGGGACAUGUGACGGGGGAGGUUCAGGAAGAUAUCAACAAUAUCAGUCUGACUCCAGAACUCCAGAGAUUCCAGAACUGUUGUUCCUUGGUUACCCCAGGCAACCAGUGUCUGAACAUUCCAGAGUUCCAGAUCCGUAAGUUUGAGGAGAUGGCGGUGGUGGUGAGUCACGUGGUGCAUCCUGGUAACUUCUACAUCCAACAGGCCGACGCCACCCUCCAGCUGGAGGACCUCAACACUGAUAGUUUAGCAGAGCUGAAGUGUACUCCAGACAUCGGGACCUACGUCAUGGCUUGGUUCCCCCAACAGAAGAGGUGGUGUCGGGCACAGGUGGCCAAGAUAUGUGGCAUGAGUGGAGACAUCAAUGAGGUGGAGGUGAGGAGGCUGGACUACGGAGACACUUCCUGUCUGUCUCUAUGUAACAUCAAGGAACUCAGUGCUGAGAUGACAUCACUUCCUCUACAGGCCAUACAGGUCUCCCUGGCUAAUGUGCGCCCAGUGGACGUGUGUGGCUGGACCCAACAGGCAGUAUAUUGGUUCAGAGACAUGGUGGGCAACAGGACGCUGUACGCACGGCUCUACCCUCAGGGAGAGAGACACAACCCCAUGGUGGAACUCUUCAUGGAGAAGGGAAAACUGGGGUCCAUGAGGAGAGGAGCCUCUCUGUCUCUGAGACUGGCUCAGAAUGGACAUGCUAAACAUGACAAGCUGAGGAACCUGGGAAUCAAGAGAAGUAGUGCGCAGGAGCGAACCAAGAAAUGUGAGUCUGCCUGGAACAAGUACCUUAUUUCCUGUUACACCCAGAAUAAGAAGUAAUCAGGCUGAUAAAGGUGUUGUAGUUCAUUCCCCCUCACCUCCCUCUCCCCUUCAUGAGCCUCCAUCACAUUAACCAGCCUUGAUACAGGUUGUCACUAUGUGGCCUAAUUGGAAGCCCAGCCUUGUUCUAAAAUGUUCUGCCAUUGUAAUCCUUCGGGCAGUGUCAUCUUUUUUUACUUUUGAGACAUCAAAACUAUAAAGUAACACAUGGAAUCAUGUAGUA